UCUUUCCUUUUGCAACAUGGUGAGUGGCAGUGGCACCAAGCGCGAUGCGGGAGAUUCGGGGUUCCUGGGAUUUCGGUCCGGGUCGGUGGACCCAGGGACUGUUAAACGGCGACGACGCGGGCCACGGAACAAGAAGCGGGGCUGGCGGCGACUUGCCGAAGAGCCGCUGGGGCAGGAAGUAGACACGUUUCUGGAGGACGUGCGGCUGCAGGAGCGCGCGACCGGGGGCCUGUUCUCGGAGACUCCGGAUGAAAACCUCUUCUUCGUGGAUAAGGGACGCCAGGAGGAAGAUUCGAAGAUAAAACAGGACUUGAAGAAACCUUUUUGGAUUGACCGGGUUUUAGAGUCAAACUCCAAAGUACCUUCCCCAAAGAACAUCCUCGCCCAUCAGGUCCCCAAUGGGAAGAAGCUGAAACGCAAACAGCGCUUGUGGGAGCACCUGGCUCAGCAGGGAAAGCAGCCCCGGGAGGUGCGAAAAGCCCAGGCCAGACUGCUUCAGCCCCCAGCCCCAAAGACCCCACCCUCUGACCCAGCUGACCGGCCUUUCUAUGAUCUCUGGGCCCAGGACAAUCCUCUGGACCGCCCCUUGGUGGGACAGGACACCUUCUUCUUGGAACAAACAAAGAAGAAGGGAGUAAAGAGACCUCAGCGUCUACAGACCAAACCCUCUCAGGCCCCUGCUGUGGAAGUGAUACCUUCUGGAGGCUCUUACAAUCCUUCAUUCCAGGCCCACCAGGCUCUGCUCCAGGAAGCCCAUGAGGUGGAGCUCCAGAGGCAGAAGGUGGAAGAGAAGCUCAGUCGUCAGUUGGCCUUCCCCACUCCGGAUAAGGCCCCCACGCAGGAGUCGGCAUUCAAGGAGCUGUGUGAGGGGCUAUUAGAGGAGUCAGAUGAGGAGACUCCUGCAGAGCCAGGAGAUGGGGAUGCAGAAGGCCCGGCACACAGACACCCAGGCCCAGAGAAGAAGACGGAGCAGCAGAGGAGGAGGGAGAAGGAGGCCCGAAAGCUGAAAGCCCAGCAGGCCGCAGAACGAGCAGCUCGGAAGAGGCGCCAGGAAGUGUUCCAGCUCCGAGGCAUCAGACUGCAGGUGGCUCAGAGGCUGGCAGAGCUGGCCCGGCGGCGAGAGAGACGGAGACUAAAGCGGCUGGCUGAGGAUGAGAAACCCCGACGACUGGGGCGGCUUAAGUAUCAGGCUCCUGACAUUGAUGUCCAGCUUAGCACUGAACUGGCUGAUUCCUUAAGGAAGCUAAAGCCUGAGGGUAGCAUUCUUCGGGACCGUUUUAAGAGUUUCCAACGAAGAAACAUGAUUGAGCCUAGAGAAAGAGCCAGGUUCAAGCGGAAAUACAAGGUCAAGCUUGUGGAGAAACGGGCCUUCCGAGAAUUCCAGUUAUAGCUGCGACUCUUCGGGAUGCGUGCUCUGCCCAGCCCCUGAUGCUCCAUUAAAAGUUCUUUGCUCUGUCUUA